GUGAGAGAAAAAAAACCCGAGUCUUUGAGGUUUGAGACACUGUUGAAGUUCUCUGAGGUUUUGAGACACUCAGAUUUUGAAACAGUAGCAGCCUCUUGGAGUUGAGAGACAGUGAAGUUCCCAAAACCGCAUAAAUCAAUCUUGUUUCAUCUGUUUCUCCUGGACUGAGCUUUCAUCCAGGAGAUGACACCAAGUUUACUAUUUUCUAAUUCAUAUGUCUAAAACCCUUCUCUCCCGCAUUAAACCCCUCCACAACCCAAAACCAAAACCCCCUUCUUCUUCUUCCAACUUCCCGUUAACACGCCGUAUCAAAGAACUCGUUAACGAGGUCUGUCAAAUCCUCCAAACCCAACAACAAUGGGAAAACGCUGUCGAAAUCCGUCUUUCACAGGAAGAAAUUGUCCCUUCCGACAUUGCACACCUUGUGUUCGACAAACUUAAGGAUGCUCAUGUGGGUCUCAAGUUCUUUGAUUGGGUCUCUCAAAGACCAUAUGGUUGUCCCCUUGAUCGUUUUGCUUGUUCUUCUCUUUUGAAACUCUUGGCUAAGUUUAGAGUUUUCCCUGAAGUUGAAAGUUUGUUGUACAGCUUGACUACUUGUGAAGAUAAGUUUCCUACUCUUGAAGCGUUGGAUGCUGUAAUUAAAGCUUAUUCUGAUUCUAAUUUGGUUGAUAAAGCUGUUGAAUUGUAUUAUUUUGUAUUGAGAACUUAUGAUUUGGUUCCACAUGUAGUUACUGUUAAUUCUUUACUUCAUGGUCUUGUAAAACAUGGUAAGAUUAAAGCUGCUAGAAGACUGUAUGAUGAGCUCGUUGAGAGAAGUGGCGGUGUUGAGGAAAUUUUUUUGGAUAAUUUUAGCACUUGUAUUAUUGUUACAGGGUUGAGUAAAGAGGGGUAUGUUGAAGAAGGCAGGAAAUUGAUUGAGGAUAGGUGGGGUAAAGGUUGUGUACCAAAUGUUGUUUUUUACAAUACAUUGAUUGAUGGCUACUGCAAGAAGGGCGACAUUAGAAGUGCGUACAGGCUUUUCAAUGAGUUGAAAUUGAAGAGCUUUUUACCCACAGUAGAAACUUAUGGGGCACUGAUAAAUGGGUUUUGUAAAGAUGGAAAUUUUGAGAAAGUUGAUAUGCUUGUGCAGGAGAUGGUUGAGAGGGGUGUGAUUGUCAAUGCCCGAGUGUAUAACACUAUCAUUGAUGCUAGGUGUAGGCAUGGUUUUACUGUGGAAGCAAUAGACACUGUAAGGAAAAUGGUUGAAGCUGGCACUAAGCCAGAUAUCGUGACAUAUAACAUAUUGAUCUCUUAUUCAUGCAAGGAUGAGAAAAUUCGGGAAGCUGAAAAGUUUCUAGAGCAGGUUAAGAAUAUGAGGUUGGUGCCGACCAAGUUUACUUAUACUCCUCUGAUACAUGCGUACUGCAAAUUUGGUGAUUUUGAAAGGGCGUUAAGUUUGUUUGCUGAGAUGACAGAGUAUGGUGAAAAGCCCGAUGUGUCAACUUACGGAGCACUUGUCCAUGGAUUGGUGGUCUCUGGUGAAGUUGAUGUUGCAUUAGUCAUUCGAGACAAGAUGAUUGAAAGGGGAGUAUCACCUGAUGCUGGAAUAUAUAAUGUUUUGAUGAGUGGGCUCUGCAAAAAAUUGAAGCUUCCCGCUGCCAGGCAGCUCCUUGAUGAGAUGCUUGGCCAUGGUAUAUUACCUGAUGUUUAUGUUUAUGCCACUUUAGUCGAUGGAUGUGUAAGAAAUGGGGAAUUUCAGGAAGCAAAGAAGCUCUUUGAGCAGACAAUUGACAUGGGUAUGGAUCCUGGGCUUGUGGGGUACAAUGCCAUGAUCAAAGGAUACUGUAAGUUUGGACUGAUGAAAGAUGCAGUUGCUUGCAUCAGUAGAAUGAAAAAGUCAAAAAUUUCUCCAGAUGCCUUUACUUAUUCUACAGUAAUUGAUGGGUAUGUAAAGCAACAUGAUUUGCGCCAAGCCUUAACGAUACUCCCUCACAUGGUAAAGCGCAAUUGUAUGCCAAAUGUGGUAACAUACACCUCUCUAAUUUAUGGCUUUUGUCAGAAUGGAGAUCUUGUGAGAGCUGAAAAUUUGUUCAACGGAAUGCAAUCAAAUGGUAUGAUGCCUAAUGUGAUAACUUAUAGUAUACUAAUUGGUAGCUUUUGUAAAGUGGGAAAACUUGCAAAAGCAGCUUCUAUUUUUGAACAAAUGCUCAUGCACAAGUGCUAUCCAACUGAUGUCACGUUCAAUUAUUUGGUCAAUGGCUUUUCCCAUUGCACACCUACUAUUUUCUCAAAAGAGAAAAAUGAUCCUCAGGAUGAGAUGAACUCUAAGUUUAUGGCAACUUUUAAAAGAAUGAUAUCAGAUGGUUGGCACCCGAGAAAUGCUGCAUACAAUUCCAUUAUUACCAGCCUCUGUUUGCAUAAAAUGCUCAAAACUGCAUUGCAACUACGUGACAAGAUGAUUAGUAAAGGCUACACUACAGAUUCAGUUACCUUUGCCGCCUUAUUGCAUGGAAUUUGCUUGGAUGGAAAAGCCAAAGAAUGGAAAAGUAUUAUUUCCUGCAGCUUAAGUGCAACAGAGCUGUCUUUCGCUUUAAAGUAUUCUUUGAUAUUUGACCAGUACCUGAGUCAUGGAUUCGACUCUGAGGCUUCAGUGAUUUUGCAUACCUUGGGUAAAGACCAUGUCUCAUAAUCAAGAUGAAACUGAUGUUAAGUUUUUGGUAAGCUUUGGCAGAAAACUGAAGGUCUGCGUAAUUGCUGUUUUAUCUAGAGAGUAUAUGUAUUAUAGGAGUAGGCUGGAUCUUCUAUAAGAUGGAUGGAGCUCUCUGAUUGUUGCUUUAUCUGAUCUUCUGUGCAGAUUGAUGGUUUUGCUGCCAACUGACAUCUAAUUUUGGGUGCAGUUCAGCCACAGCUCAUCUAGGUGUUCUCUCUUGGUGGCAGUGCAACUAAAACCAAGGUGAUUUUCAUUGGAAAAUGAACAUAUGAGAUGCCUAAAGGUUGACUCUCUUCUAUUGUGACUGACGCAAUGAACUCAAUAUUUCUUUGUAGAGCAAGCUCUUUGGAGAAAGUGUCAUCCCUGUAAGACGACAUGAUUAAAGGAUUCUAUUUUCUCAAGGAGCAUUUGCUUUGAGCUUCGAAAAAUGUGCCCAUAUCCAUCUUUGGUUUGAUGGUGCAGGGAUUUAGCACUGAAAGAAGAAUUUCCAACUUAAUCUUGACCAAAACUUAUAAAGAGACCACAUUACACGAGUGGUUAAGGAGCUAUGGAGGUCAGGUAUUGUUAUCUCUUGGUCAGGAGGCCCGUCCAAGAUUUGGAAUGGAAUGAGAUGUGCAAUUUGAUUCAAGUGCAAUUCAGAGAGGACAGAUUUGGGGAGGCUGAACCUCAAAUAUAUUACAAUCCCUUAUCUAGGAGAGCUGUCGUCUUCAGGCCCAUAUGGAAGCUGGUAUGGAGGAUUAAGGCAGCAAAAAAACUAAGUUAUACACACUGUUGGUGGUAUUUGCACAAAGGAUCAGAGCCAGUUUUGAUCACUUGUACUACAUUGCAAUUUCACUGUGGAGUUAUGGUCUUACUCCAUUUAAAGUUUUAAACUGUCAUGGGAUUUACCUAGUGGGAGAAUGAGAAGGCUGGAUGCUUGAAAGGAAUUUGUGGAAGACAACACAUUUGGUGCAUUUUUCAGUUGAUUUUGAGAGAGAAAUAAGUACUAGAUUCUUUGAGGGAAUUGUGGAAAUUAGAACUCUUUUGUCUGGUUAUACUUGGCGCAAAAGGAGAUCUAUAUUGGAAAAAUGAUUGAUUAUUCUUUUUGGAGCUUCGCUUUUAACCCUUUACAUGCAUUUGUAAGGAAAACCCAAACUUGGUUUGGUAUUGAUUCAAUUCUUUA